CACACUUACAUUUCAUCUUCUCUCUCUUACUUGACAAAAUCCUAUUUUCAUCGCCCCCCUCUUUUUCUCUUUUUGUUCUGCCGCCACUGUUCUAUGCGCCUCCAUCAUCAUCACCAUCCUCCGCCUCCUCGUCCUCCUCCAUAUACUCGCCAAAAGUUAGGGUUUCGAGGGUUUUUUGUCACCUUACGAGCUGGAUUCUCUCUGUUUUAUCUGGCGAAUCUCCAUGCGCCGCUGGUUCAGCGGUUUUGUUGAUUAGAAUUGGGUUUAUAGGGCCUCACUUUUUCCCCACUAAACCAUCUCUUUCACUUUGAUCCCUGAACGCGUCACGCAUCAUUCCCAAGCCUAGGGUUUGGAGCUCCAUUUCGUUUGAUAUGGUUUCGAGAUUAGGGCAACCUUGAUUGCUUCUUUGCUUGCUUUGGUUUGAUUGGAGUUUUGUAUAUUAUUUGUUUAUUUAUUUAUUUUACAUUUUUGAGGGAUUUUGGGGAUUUGGAUGGCAUUGGGGGAUUUGAUGGCGUCUCGGUUUUCGCAAUCUUCUGUGGCUGUUGUGUCCAAUCACUACGACGACUAUGCUUCCAGUCAUGUCGAGGAUGCUGGAGAUUUGGUCUCGCAAAGGAGAGAUUCAGAGACUGCUAGCAGUAGUUAUGGCAAUGCUGCUGUUACUACUACGAGCAUGGCCUAUUUUCCCCAGACUGUUGUGCUCUGUGAGCUUCGGCAUGACGCAUUUGAAGCUUCUGUGCCUACUGGUCCAUCCGACAGUGGCCUUGUAUCCAAAUGGAGGCCUAAGGACCGAAUGAAGACAGGAUAUGUGGCUCUAGUGUUAUGUUUAAAUAUUAGCGUUGAUCCUCCUGAUGUAAUAAAGAUUUCACCUUGUGCCAGAAUGGAGUGCUGGAUAGACCCAUUUUCAAUGGCACCUCCAAAGGCUCUUGAAACAAUUGGGAAAACCUUGAGUAUGCAGUAUGAAAGGUGGCAACCAAAGGCUCGUUACAAAGUUCAACUUGAUCCUACUGUGGACGAAGUUAAGAAACUUUGUAAUACAUGCCGAAGAUAUGCCAAGUCUGAGAGAGUUUUGUUCCAUUAUAAUGGACAUGGUGUUCCAAAGCCAACUGCUAACGGUGAAAUCUGGCUGUUCAACAAGAGCUAUACACAGUAUAUCCCCUUGCCAAUUAGUGAUCUUGAUUCCUGGUUGAAGACACCAUCGAUCUAUGUUUUUGACUGCUCUGCUGCUGGAAUGAUUGUUAAUGCCUUUUUAGAGCUUCAUGACUGGAAUUCUACUAGCUCUACUGGAUCUGUGAAGGACUGUAUAUUGCUUGCAGCCUGUGAAGCACACGAGACUCUUCCCCAGAGUGCAGAAUUUCCCGCUGAUGUGUUUACUUCAUGCCUUACCACACCAAUCAAGAUGGCAUUGCGAUGGUUCUGCAAACGUUCAUUACUUCAUGAAUCCCUUGAUUAUUCACUAAUAGAUAAAAUUCCUGGUCGACAAAAUGACCGCAAAACACUGCUGGGAGAAUUGAAUUGGAUUUUUACAGCAGUGACAGACACAAUUGCCUGGAAUGUUCUUCCUCAUGAUCUUUUUCAGAGAUUGUUCAGACAAGAUUUAUUAGUUGCCAGUCUCUUCAGAAAUUUUUUACUGGCUGAGAGGAUUAUGCGUUCUGCCAAUUGUUCUCCAAUUUCUCAUCCAAUGCUGCCACCAACUCAUCAGCAUCAUAUGUGGGAUGCAUGGGAUAUGGCUGCUGAAAUUUGCCUCUUUCAGCUUCCAUCUUUGGUUGAGGAUCCUAAUGCAGAGUUCCAGCCAAGUCCCUUUUUCACUGAACAGCUGAUGGCUUUUGAGGUUUGGUUGGAUCAUGGAUCUGAAGAUAAGAAGCCACCAGAGCAGUUGCCUAUUGUUCUUCAGGUUCUGCUUAGUCAAUGCCAUCGGUUUAAAGCACUUGUGCUCCUUGGGAGAUUCCUUGAUAUGGGAUCUUGGGCUGUGGACCUGGCCUUAUCUGUUGGAAUAUUUCCAUAUGUUCUGAAGCUGUUGCAAACAACAACUCCAGAACUGAGGCAAAUUCUUGUAUUCAUAUGGACAAAGAUUCUGGCACUUGAUAAGUCAUGCCAAGUUGAUCUUGUUAAGGAUGGAGGGCAUACAUAUUUUAUCAGAUUUCUUGAUAGCAUGGAAGCAUAUCCAGAGCAGCGAGCCAUGGCUGCAUUUGUUUUGGCCGUUAUUGUUGAUGGGCACAGAAGAGGCCAAGAAGCUUGUAUUGAAGCUGGUUUGGUUCAUGUGUGCUUAAAGCACCUUCGUGGUUCAAUCCCGAACGAUGGUCAAACUGAGCCCCUAUUCCUUCAGUGGCUUUGUCUAUGCCUGGGAAAGUUGUGGGAGGAUUUUACAGAGGCUCAAAUGAUAGGCCUGCAGGCAGAUGCACCUGCUAUAUGUGCUCCUCUAGUCUCUGAGCCGCAACCAGAGGUUAGGGCUUCUGCUGUCUUUGCAUUGGGCACUCUGCUUGAUGUUGGAGGUAAUGCGUGCAGAGAUGGUGUUGCAGUUGAUGAUGAAUGUGAUGAUGAUGAAAAAUGUAGAGCUGAAAUCAGCAUUGUUAGAAGCCUACUAAGUGUUGUUUCAGAUGGAAGCCCACUUGUCAGGGCAGAGGUUGCUGUAGCUCUAGCACGUUUUGCAUUUGGCCACAAGCAGCACCUCAAGUCAAUUGCAGCAUCAUAUUGGAAACCUCAAUCAAAUUCUUUACUUAGUUCCUUGCCUUCUUUGGCUCAUAUAAAAGGUUCAGGUAGUGGAUAUGCUAACCUGAACCAGUAUAUGUCACAUACGAAUAUCCUUUCUUCUCAAAUUGGUCCUUUGACAAGAGUUGGCAAUGACAACCAGUCACUGGUUCGAGAUGGAAGGGUCUCCACUAGCAGUCCUCUUACUACAUCUGGGAUUAUGCAUGGAUCACCUUUAUCUGAUGAUUCAUCUCAACAUUCUGAUUCUGGGAUAAAUGAUAUUGUCAGCAAUGGAGUAGUCCAUCAUUCAAGGCCAAAACCACUAGAUAACGCUAUGUAUUCACAGUGUGUCCUCGCCAUGUGUACAUUAGCCAAAGAUCCUUCUCCGCGGAUUGCAAGCCUUGGUCAAAGGGUUCUGUCCAUUAUUGGGAUUGAGCAAGUGGUGACAAAACCCGUAAACUCCACUGGUGGUAGUGGUCGGCCUGGUGAACCUACAACGUCAUCUCCAACUACAAGUCUUGCAGGGUUAGCUCGUUCAUCAUCAUGGUUCGACAUGAAUGCAGGUCAUCUGCCUUUAACAUUCAGAACUCCUCCUGUCAGCCCUCCUCGACCAAGUUACUUAACAGGGAUGCGUAGAGUUUGUUCUUUAGAGUUCAGACCUCACUUAAUGACCUUUCCAGAUUCAGGAUUAGCAGAUCCUCUCUUAGGUUCUGCUGGACCUUCUGGCGGUUCAGAGCGCAGUUUGCUUCCUCAAUCAACUAUUUAUAACUGGAGUUGCGGUCAUUUCUCAAAGCCGCUUCUCACCACAGCAGAUGAUAUCGAUGAAAUGUUGGUUAAAAGAGAAGAAAGGGAAAAGUUUGCACUGGAACACAUUGCCAAGUGUCAACAUUCAUCCAUUAGCAGGUUAAAUAAUCAAAUUGCUGGUUGGGACACAAAGUUUGAAACAGGCACCAAAGCAGCCUUGUUGCAGCCUUUCUCUCCUAUUGUCAUUGCUGCUGAUGAAAAUGAGCGGAUAAGGAUAUGGAAUUAUGAGGAUGCUGCCCUUCUCAAUGGAUUUGAUAAUCAUGAUUUUCCUGAGAAAGGAAUCUCUAGGCUCUGCCUCGUAAAUGAGCUUGAUGACAGUUUGCUUCUUGUUGCUUCAUGUGAUGGAAAUAUUCGGAUUUGGAAAGAUUAUACGAUUAAGGGUAAACAGAAGCUUGUUACGGGAUUCUCUUCAAUCCAGGGUCAUAAACCAGGUGUGCGGAGUUUGAAUGCUGUUGUGGAUUGGCAACAGCAAUCUGGAUAUCUGUAUGCUUCUGGUGAAAUAUCUUCCAUUAUGCUUUGGGACCUGGACAAAGAGCAACUGCUUCAUUCUAUUCCAUCCUCAUCAGAUUGCAGUGUCUCAGCAUUGUCUGCUUCUCAAGUUCAUGUGGGUCAGUUUGCUGCGGGUUUCAUAGAUGGCUCCGUCAGACUGUAUGAUGUCCGAGCACCUGAAAUGCUUGUUUGUACUAAGCGUCCACAUACAAGAGUAGAAAAAGUUGUCGGAAUUGGCUUCCAACCUGGUCUUGAUCCUGGGAAGUUUGUCAGUGCAUCUCAGGCUGGUGAUAUUGAGUUCCUCGAUAUCAGAAAUCCCAGGGAUACCUACCUUACAAUUAAUGCACACAGGGGCUCACUUACUGCUUUAGCUGUUCAUAGGCAUGCCCCUAUCAUUGCUAGUGGCUCAGCAAAACAAAUUAUUAAAGUAUUCAGCCUGGAGGGUGAAGUACUGGGUACUAUUCGGUAUUACUCAACUUUCAUGGCCCAGAAAAUCGGUCCAGUGAGCUGUCUCACCUUCCAUCCAUACAAUGUACUUCUUGCUGCUGGUGCUGCAGAUGCUUGUGUUUCUAUAUAUACAGAUGACAAUUCCCAGGCAAGAUAAAUGCAUAUUCUUUACUGGUGUUAUUUGAUCAAGUGACCUUGUACGGCGGCAGCUCAAGGGAGCAGAUACAGAUUUCAAGUUAAGGUCAGCGAUGCUGUUUUCGGAAUGCAAUUUGCUCAUCAGAUGUGACACUUCGUUGAGCCAAAUCCUGCUUUGGUUUGGCUGUCAUCUGAAAUUGUAUGCUACAUAUUCAUUAGCCUCCAGCAUAGAGGGUGAAUCAAGUUGGGAAGAAAUCCUGCAACAUUUGUGGGUGGGGGCUUAAGCAAAUAAUUAUUAUAUGGGUAAAUGUGUAAAUAGCUUAUUUUCUCCCUUGCAAAUCUUUUCCCCCUCUUUUCAGCGUGUGUUUAUUGAUCUGUCCAUCCCUUUGUUCAUUGUAAAAUUAUAAUUCAAGUGUUACAGACAGAUGUUGAUAUGGAUCCGCCCCGCCUGAAAUCUGGGGAAAUUAACAUGUUCAUCUCUCUGACUUUGUA